CCUGUGUACGCCAGGGACUGUCCCCUUGCAGCAGCCAAAGCCAUCCAAGGCCUGCGGGCAGUUUUUGACGAGACCUACCCCGACCCCGUGCGCGUGGUCUCCAUCGGCGUCCCGGUGGAGGAGCUGCUGGCCGACCCCGCUGGCCCCGCCGGCUCCCUCACCUCCGUCGAGUUCUGCGGGGGGACGCACUUGCAGAACUCCAGCCACGCUGGCCCCUUUGUGAUUGUUUCAGAAGAAGCGAUUGCUAAAGGCAUCCGGAGGAUAGUGGCGGUCACCGGGACUGAAGCUCGGAAGGCCCUCCGGAAAGUCGACAGCCUCAGGAAGCUGCUGUCAGCCCUGGAGGCCAAGGUGAAGGUCCAGACAGCUCCCAACAAGGAUGUGCAGAAGGAGAUCACGGAUCUGAGUGAGACACUGGCCACUGCUGUUAUCCCACAGUGGCAGAAGGAUGAGCUGAGGGAGGCUGUGAAAGCACUGAAGAAAGUUAUGGAUGACCUGGACCGAGCAAGCAAAGCUGAUAUCCAGAAACGGGUGCUGGAGAAGACCAAGCAAGUCAUUGAGAGUCACCCUAACCAGCCAUUGGUCAUCAUGGAGAUGGAAAACGGAGCCUCAGCAAAGGCCCUGAAUGAAUCUUUGAAGCUCUUCAAGACUCACUCCCCCCAGACUGCCGCCAUGCUCUUCGCUGUAGAUCACGAUGCUGGCAGGAUCACUUGCCUGUGUCAGGUGCCCCAGGAGACCGCCAACAAGGGCUUGAAGGCCAGCCAGUGGGUGCAGGAGGUGUCUGCCCUGAUGGACGGCAAAGGUGGCGGCAAGGACAUCUCGGCACAGGCCACGGGCAGGAACGUGGGCUGCUUGCAGGAGGCCCUCAGCCUGGCCACGAACUUUGCCAG